AUCUACCAUCGGGGCUGGUCUCUGAUUCUGAGAUCAUACACGCUAUUUUCAGCAUUAUUUUUCCAAAUCUUUUACAUCGAACAUAGGAAGAUUGCGGACCUUUUUCUAUUUUCCAUUUCCCUUUUGCUACCUUCUCAUCUCUUUUUCUGGAUCAGGAGGAACAAAGAGGAGACUAACAGGGUUCAAAGGAGGAGAGAGAUUGGCGAGACUCCUGUGAUUUGUGUGUUUUGUACCGCCGUUGCUGUUCCAUGUGUGUUGCGUUUGAUCAGAGCAGGCAACAGCAGCAGCAGUGAGGGAGAUAGAAAGCGACAGAGAGCGCCUUACCGCGCGAACUAGCCAGCAUGCACAAACAUCACCACUGCUGCAAGUGCCCAGAAUGCUAUGAAGUGACCCGCAUGGCCGCCCUGCGAAGGAUGGAUGCCCCAGCAUACGGAGACUGGCAGCCCGAGCCCUAUGGAUACCCGGCCGGCUAUGGGGCUGGCCAGACCUUACCACCCCAAACCUCAGGUGGAGGAGGGGGCAUGGGUGGAGGGGGUACGUUGGGGAGAAGUAAAGGGAAAAUUAUGUCGGCUGGGGGUCCUGGAGGCCCUAACCCGAAGAGCCAAUCCAAGGGCGGCCCCAAGGUGAAUGGUAACAACUCAGGAGGGCAAGGAGGAUGGUGGCCGGAGUGCACCUGUUCCAAUCGGGACUGGUAUGACCAGGCAAACCCUCCCCCCAUCAUUGUGAAUGCAGACUCACUGGAUGCAGGCCCUUAUGUGAAUGGGAGUGAUGGCAUGUAUAAAUAUGAAGAAAUCAUUUUGGAGAGGGGCAACUCUGGCCUUGGCUUCAGUAUAGCUGGAGGUGUGGACAAUCCACACAUUCCUGAUGAUCCAGGAAUCUUCAUCACCAAAAUCAUCCCUGGAGGUGCUGCUGCCAUGGAUGGCAGACUAGGGGUAAAUGACUGCGUUCUGCGAGUGAAUGAUGUUGAUGUAUCAGAGGUAGUGCACAGCAAGGCAGUAGAGGCUCUCAAAGAGGCCGGCCCAGUGGUCAGGUUGCUGGUACGCAGAAGACAGGCUCCUCCUGAGACCAUUUUGGAGGUCAACCUACUCAAAGGGCCUAAAGGCCUUGGCUUCAGUAUUGCUGGAGGUAUAGGCAACCAGCACAUCCCAGGCGACAACAGUAUCUACAUCACAAAGAUCAUUGAGGGUGGGGCAGCACAGAAAGAUGGACGUCUGCAGACAGGCGAUCGUCUACUGGCUGUGAAUAACAUUAUACUUCAGGAUGUGCGUCAUGAGGAGGCAGUGGCCGCCCUGAAGAACACUUCAGACAUGGUCUAUCUGAAAGUGGCCAAGCCAGGACCAGUCCAUGUCAACGACAUGUAUGCCCCACCAGACUAUUCCAGCACCUUUCCCACCAUGGUGGAAAACCACAUCGGACACAACUCCAGUAUGGCCUACAUGGGGGGCAUGGAGCCUAAACCAGUGUACCAGCCACCCCAGGUCACCCCCUCAAGAUACUCCCCGAUCCCACGCCACAUGCUAGGGGAGGAGGACUUCACCAGGCCCGAGCCCAUUUACAGUGACAUCCACAAACCUCAUGUGGACACCAGCCCUCCCUCCCCCCAUCUAUGCAGCAGGGGGUCUGGGGACGUGGGCUGCAGCCCCACCCCACCUGCUCUGUGUCAAAGCCUGGUCCCGUACACCGGCAGGGAGCCGCGGAAGAUCCUGCUGCACAAGGGUUCCACAGGUUUGGGUUUCAACAUUGUAGGCGGGGAGGAUGGAGAGGGCAUCUUCGUGUCUUUCAUCUUGGCAGGUGGGCCAGCCGACCUGAGCGGAGAGCUGAGGAGAGGAGACCGCAUCCUAUCGGUGAAUGGAGUAAACCUACGCAAUGCCACCCAUGAGCAGGCUGCUGCUGCACUGAAGAGGGCUGGACAGACAGUGACCAUCAUUGCCCAGUACAGACCAGAAGAAUACAGUCGUUUUGAAUCCAAGAUCCACGACUUGAGGGAGCAGAUGAUGAACAGCAGCAUGAGCUCUGGCUCGGGCUCCCUCCGCACCAGUGAGAAACGCUCCCUCUACGUCAGGGCUCUCUUUGACUAUGACAGGACCAGAGACAGUUGCCUGCCCAGCCAGGGGCUGAGUUUCUCUUAUGGGGACAUCCUGCAUGUCAUCAACGCCUCUGAUGACGAGUGGUGGCAGGCACGGCUAGUUACACCCCACGGGGAGAGUGAGCAGAUUGGGGUCAUACCAAGCAAGAAAAGGGUGGAAAAGAAAGAGCGUGCACGGUUAAAAACAGUCAAGUUCCACGCCAGGACGGGCAUGAUUGAGUCUAACAGGUCAGUCAAAGUAAAGCGCAAAAAAAGCUUCAACCUUUCACGCAAGUUCCCGUUUUACAAGAGCAAGGAAAAUAUAGUGCAGGAGUUGGUGGAGACAGAACAGUGCUUGACGUCCAACACCAGUGACAGUGAAAGCAGCUCCAAGGGUCAGGAAGACACAAUUCUAUCCUAUGAGCCUGUAAUUCGACAGGAGAUCCAUUACACAAGGCCUGUGAUUAUCCUGGGUCCAAUGAAGGACAGAGUAAAUGAUGACUUGAUCUCAGAGUUUCCCCACAAGUUUGGAUCUUGUGUUCCGCAUACAACUCGUCCUCGGCGAGAGAAUGAGAUGGAUGGGCAGGACUACCACUUUGUGGCAUCAAGAGAGCAAAUGGAAAAGGACAUUCAGGACAACAGAUUUAUUGAGGCCGGCCAGUUCAAUGAGAAUCUGUACGGGACCAGCAUCCUAUCUGUUCGGGCAGUGGCUGAAAGGGGGAAACACUGUAUCCUGGAUGUGUCUGGGAAUGCCAUAAAGCGACUGCAGCAAGCACAGCUCUAUCCAAUAGCCAUUUUCAUCAAGCCAAAAUCUGUGGAGGCACUAAUGGAACUGAAUAAGAGGCAGACAUAUGAGCAAGCCAGUAAAGUCUUUGAUAAAGCAGUGAAGCUUGAACAAGAGUUUGGCGAGUUUUUUACAGCCAUAGUCCAGGGUGACUCACUAGAGGAGAUCUAUAAUAAAAUCAAGCUGAUAAUAGAGGAGCAGUCAGGCCCUUAUAUCUGGAUCCCGUCAGCAGAGAAGCUCUGAGCUCGCCACCUCCACACAGCCCCGCCUGACCCCACACCCACCUGACACCUUUCCCUCCCUUUCACUGAUGUUUCAUAUCCAGUUUUAGUGUCAUUAUGUUACCCUCAAAUGGAAAAUGUCUUACCAUCAUUACUGUGACUGUGCACAACCCUGCAUGAGUUUCAGCAAUUCCAUUCAAGAUUGGAAAUGCCAUUCCUAAAGAAAUUUUUUUUUUGUCAUGUGUAAAAAAAAAAAAGAAAAAAAAAAAGGGAACAUUCUUUGUGAGUUUCGGAUGGACUUGUGAAGAUGAGAAUGUCUUAAUGAAGCAACAUUGAGGAGUGGGGAGUUCAAGAUAGACAUUCGGAAAUGGUGCCACAUUGUAGAAGUGAGAACCUUGUAUAUGUUCAUUCAGUUUCAUUGUAAAAUACAUUCAAGGAUGCGGAGCAAAGACCUACAAGGUUUUCUACAAGGACUAGAUACAUAUGAAGCCUGCUGAUGGUACCGUUGGAGUCACUGCUCUUGUUUAUAAGUGGAGAAACUUAAAAACUGGUGAUCUUCAGUAAUCACAAACCAGCGUGCUACAUUUGAUUGGGUGCCCAUUUGUUUAUAUGGUGCAGUCAACAGUGACACCUUUGGAGGUCGAAUAACAUGGAAAAUGGGGGUUGAGUCUAUACAUUUAUAUUACUGAAAUCACAUGGAAAAUAAAAAUCCUACAGAGAGAUUUAACUACAUAAGAAAUGAUACGGUACACAUUUUACACUUCACUAGAGUUGUCUACUUGGAGGGCUGUUAGAUUUCAUUUAUUUGUCUUUGGGUUUUUGAGUUAUUUCUUUCUUGUGGUUUUAGCUGCUCUGUAUUGAAGAUGGGGGUAGAGAGGUGUAACUGGGCUCUCUGCAGAACACCAAACUGCCUUAAAAUUAAUAAAUACUUGUGUAAAUUUACUGUCAAUUGUUAGGUAUAUGAUACAAUAUUCAACCUAUCAGUGCUUAGUGGGAGACUCCAAACUAUUUUAGUGCCAUUUGUGAGUUUCCCCAUCCUAUUUGAGGCCCAACUUGUGAGUGCAAUAGACUCACGUGUCUUACCUCUGAGAAAUCCUUUUUUGCAAAAUUUUCUGUAUUAAGUGACUGAUUUUUUAAAAUCCAAUUAUGGCAGCCGAGCCCCUCAUUGGAGUUGUUGAAAAGCAGACAGCCCACUUGCACUUCCUCUGCCUUCCACAACUAUAUUCUCUUCAGACUGAGUGGUAACAAGGUACUGUCCUGUUAGCUGCCUUGAAGCGCAGCCUUAAAACGGGUAGAAUCAAGACAAUAAUUGUACUGGAUGACCUUCUUGAUAUUAAAGAGUUAGUGGAGCCUGAAAUUGCCAGUUUUCCCCAGAACUCAAAGAUGGUUUGAUUAAAUCUGUUCUUUGUAAUGACAGCUUUUAAACUA